UACACAGGGCAACAGAAAUAAAAGAGGCCUCACCAUGCGAUCCAAUUCAAAUGCAAGGCCCAUCGGCUCAAAACCAUCACAAUGUUAAUUGAACAAUUAUAAUUCUAAAUUGAUGAUUAGCUGAUCCCCAACCAGUAUAAAGUGCUAGGUAAGCCCGUAACCAAACACCUUCUAUCUUCUACCUAUUAAACCCUGAACCCUACAUUUUUUUCCUCCUCCAUCAAUAUCCUCAUCUUGUUCCUUGCUGAAACCCUUAUCUUCCAUGGCACUCUCUAAACCAACAUUCUUCGCCCACCUCAAAGCCCUCGCUACUCACCACCACCGUUCUCCGUCAUCUAUCGUCUCUGUCCGUUUCCUCUCCUUCUCCUCGCCGGAAGAAGCUGCCGCAGAACGGCGUCGCCGCAAACGUCGCCAACGCAUCGAACCCCCGCUUUCCUCCCUCCACCGCGCCCAACAACAAUCUCAACCCCAACAAAUCCCAAAACCCAUUCAAAACCCUAACGCCCCCAAAGUCCCCGAACCCAUCUCUGAAGUUUCCGGUAAACGUCUUGAUCUCCAUAACCGCAUCUUAACCCUCAUCCGCCAGAAUGACCUUGAGGAGGCUGCGCUUUUCACGCGCCACUCGAUCUACUCUAAUUGCCGACCGACCAUCUACACUGUGAACGCCGUCCUUAAUGCCCAGCUCCGCCAGUCCAAAUACUCCGAUCUCCUUUCCCUUCAUCGCUUCAUUAUUCAGGCCGGUGUGGCACCCAAUAUAAUUACUCAUAAUUUAAUCUUCCAGACUUAUCUGGAUUGCCGGAAGCCGGAUACAGCGCUUGAGCACUAUAAGCAGCUAAUCAAUGAUGCUCCCUUUAAUCCGUCUCCGACAACUUAUCGGAUUUUGAUUAAAGGGUUAGUGGAUAAUGGAAAGGUUGAGAAAGCUUUGGAGUUGAAAGAGGAGAUGGUGGGGACUAAAGGGUUCAUGCCAGACCCACUUGUUUAUCAUUAUUUGAUGGUAGGGUGCGCGAGAAAUUCAGAUUCCGAUGGGAUUUUUAGGCUUUUUAAGGAGUUGAAGGAGAAGAUGGGUGGGUUUGUGGAUGAUGGAGUGGUUUAUGGGGCUUUGAUGAAGGGUUAUUUCCUGAGGGGAAUGGAAAAUGAGGCUAUGGAGUGUUAUGAAGAGGCUGUGGGGGAGAAUUCAAAGGUUAAGAUGAGUGCCGUUGCUUACAAUUCGGUAUUGGAUGCAUUGUGCAAGAAUGGUAAGUUUGAUGAGGCUUUGAAGUUGUUUGAUAGGAUGGUGCAGGAACAUAACCCACCUAGACGUUUGGCUGUGAAUUUGGGGAGCUUCAAUGUGAUGGUUGAUGGUUAUUGCGCACAAGGGAGAUUUGAAGAUGCCAUUGAGGUUUUCAGGAAGAUGGGUGAUUAUAGAUGCAGUGCAGACGUCUUAUCAUUUAAUAACUUGAUUGAUCAGUUGUGCAAAAAUGGAAUGUUGGUUAAAGCUGAGGAGCUAUAUGGAGAAAUGGAUGGGAAGGGGGUGAAACCGGAUGAGUAUACUUAUGGUCUAUUGAUGGAUUCUUGCUUUGAGGAGAAUAGAGUUGAUGACGGGGCUGCAUACUUUAGAAAGAUGGUGGAUUCAGGGUUGAGGCCUAACUUGGCUGUCUACAAUAGAUUGGUUGAUAAGUUGGUUAGUUUUGGAAAGAUUGAUGAGGCAAAAUCGUUUUAUUAUUUGAUGGUGAAGAAACUUAAGAUGGAUAAUGCGAGCUACAAGUUUAUGAUGACAGCAUUGGCAGAUGCAGGGCAGAUGGAUGAACUGCUUAAAAUGGUUGAAGCAAUGUUGGACGAUGAGGCGAUCGAGUUUGAUUCCGAGUUGCAGGAGUUUGCCAAGGAACAAUUGGGAAGAGAUAGUAGAGAGGAGGAGUUGACGGAGCUUAUGGAGAAGAAGGAGAAGGAGAAAGCUGAAGCUAAGGCUAAGGAGGCUGAGGCAGCUGAGGCUGCCAAGCGAAGUGCAAGAGCUGCUAUUUCUUCUUUGCUUCCAUCAAAGUUGUUUGGGAACAAAGAAGCUGAGACAGAGUCAAAGGAGGCAAAUGGAAAUGCAGUUGAGGAUGCCUCUGUAAAUGGAGGAGCACUACCUGAGAAAAAAGACACUGUUGAAGAAGCAAAUGUUGUAGGGUCUGCUCCUGCUGACAUGAAUUCAGAGGAAUUGAAUCAAAGGUGAGAAUGCAGAUGAGGCAGAAGCUAAAAAUGAUGACACAACUGAGCAGCAGGUAACAACUUGAAGGAAAUGUUUAACAUAUUUGUGCUUCUUUCUUCAUUUAUGUAAACUGAAAAUGUUAGGAAUUGAUGAUAAAUUUACAUGCGACUCAUUGAAUUUAUAAGCAUUUGUUCUAUUCUCGCUGAAGAAGCAAGCGCUGGAGCUGUAUAGACUACAAUUGCUUUUUGUGAACUCUCGCAGAUAUUCAAGAAUUAAUUCGAGUGACUUGAUUUUAUGCA